GGAGGAAAGCUAGUGAUUGUGAGAACAGCCAUGAUGUAGAAACGCGUUAAAUAUUAAUAGUUAUUAUUUAAAAACAGCUUUAAGCUCUGUUAGAGUGUCUGUGACUGUGCCCGGCGAAAUUCCGAUUUUCCAGAAAGUAACUGGCCACCUCUUCAUCAUGUCGAUGGUCAGCACAGGUGUGCUGGUCCUCACCUCUCCUCUCCACACCCUCCCCUUCCGCCUGGCUCCUGUCCUCAAAUCAGCAUCUCAGCUGGUAGAGCGAACCCUCUACGUUCACCUCCACCCAGGCCUCAACUUGGGCACAGGCUGUCCGCCUCGGCCUGUUUUCAUUCCCCCGCCCGUGGAUCUUCCUGGCCUCAUAUCACGCCUGUACAGCAACGCUGCUGACAUCUGUGCCCACCUGGAUGUCCGGCUCCUCCUCACUAAUAUUUCUGCCCAGCAGUGGGAAUUAAACUGUGAACCCUUUCCUUCACCACAGACGCUUAGUCAGUCUCCAGAGGUUGUGAUGACCGAUUUUCCUCUAAAGGACAUGGGUCAGAUGUCGCUGGUGGAACGGUGCCUUCAGGUUUAUGCUGGAAGCUGCUACGUGUGCGCACCCAGCCUGUCCUCUGUUGUUUUGUGGUCACAGAUAGAAAAAGCAAAGCAAGAGCAGGAGAAAACAGUGGAGAAAAAAGAGGGAGAGGACAUUACGGAGCCUAUAGAAACCUACGGAGAUGUAGUGGUGGGCGGAACCUUUGACCGCCUGCAUGGUGCCCACCGGACCCUACUGAAUAUUUGCUGCCUUCUUGCAAAUAGACGCUUUGUGAUCGGCGUGUGUGACCAGGAGCUGCUGAAAAAUAAGGUUUUGAAGGAGUUAAUUGAGCCGUACAAUCAGCGUGUGCAGAAUCUUCAGGAGUUCCUGCAUGACGUCAAACCCUCCUUGCAGUAUGACAUUGUUCCUCUGUCUGAUCCGUUUGGCCCGUCCAUCACUGACCCGCAGCUGCAAUGCAUCGUGGUUAGCGAGGAGACGAGAAAAGGUGGCGAGGCCGUCAACAGAAAGAGGCUGGAGAAUGGACUGGCACAGCUGAAGCUAUACGAGAUUUCUUUGAUUAAAGAUGCACAUCACACAGAAAUAGAGGAGGAAAAGAUCAGCUCAUCGAGUCUUCGCUCAAGAUUACUGGGCACACUGCUUACCCCUCUCACGCCACACCCUUCCCUCUCUGAUUUCCCAUAUGUGAUUGGUCUGACGGGGGGCAGCGGAAGUGGGAAGAGCUCCAUUUCUCUGAGGUUAGAAGGUCUCGGAGCUGUACGGAUUGACGCCGACCAACUCGGCCAUGAAACCUAUCGACCCGGCACUGCUGCCUACAAUAAAAUAGUGCAGGAGUUUGGUACAGAUAUUUUGAAUGAUGAUCAAACCAUAAACAGACGAGCCCUAGGGAGGAAGGUGUUUGCUAGUAAGGAACGGUUAAAAGCACUAACUGAUAUAGUGUGGCCUGAAAUUGCACUGCUGGUUAAAGAAAAAAUACAACAAGCCAAAGAAGAAGGUAUGCACUUGUGUGUGGUGGAUGCUGCAGUCUUAUUAGAAGCUGGCUGGCAAAACAUGGUUCAUGAGGUUUGGGUGGCCAUUAUACCAGAGGGAGAGGCUGUGAAGCGGAUUGUGGAGCGUGAUGCAGUGAGUAAGGAGGAUGCAGUGAGGCGAUUACAGAGUCAGUGGAGUAACGAAAAGCUGGUGGAACAGGCCAACGUGGUGCUGUGUACACUGUGGGAACCAGAUGUCACUCAAAGACAGGUUGAAAAGGCUUGGAAACUUCUACAUCAGCGUAUUCAGAGGAAGAAAGAGGAAACCAUUGUGCCAUCCUGAGAGGGCGGCUGAAUACACUUGCACUUCACUUACCUGUAUAUUUCAAAUUCCUUUAAGAAAGAGUGGCCUUAGUCAGGUGGUGUUGGAUAAACAUUAAUCAGUAAUUGGCAGGGUAGGGUGGCCUGAUGCUAGAAUUAAUUACAGAAGGCAUCAUGGGUUACUAGGUUAAGAGCUAUGUAUGAUACGUUUAUGACGUCAUGGUAUGAGAGCUGGUUCCAAUGUUUUUAGCAUUAGUUUUACAUUUAUUAGGUCAUAGCCAAGUUACUUGGAUCAUUUUCUGUCAUUAGAGAAAUCUGUUAAACAUCUAAUAUACAUAAUGUUUCAGAUUUCCUUAAUAUUGAUUAUACAAGGCUGUUUCUUACAGCCAGAGGUAAUCCAAACACAACUGAUGAAAAUGUUUAUAAAAGAUGGUUUUAAUAGUUCAUUAAAAGCAAAAACACAUUAAAUCUG